AUGCGUGGUCUGACGGAUUCACCCGUAAAUGUGGAUUCUGCAGGAAGCAGUGGUGGAUCAACUGAAGAGAAUCAUGAAGGAAAUACAAGCUCUGGAAGUUCCAGUCCACAGGCAGCAUCACAGUCUCCAGUUCCGGCGAUCACCAUUGGACAUGACGCAUGUGGCGCAACAAGAUCUAUUCUUACAUCUAACAAUAACGAGCUAAAGAUUCGGAGCGCCUUGAGCUCUCCGGCCGCCUACCUCAAUCAAACCCCUCGAGGCUCAACCUAUGUGAAGAGAUUGGUGGAAAAGGGAUGCAAUAAACAUGGAGAGGAUAUUCUGUCGCCAGAUGUCCGCCGUAAGGCCGAGGCGAACCUAAGUCGCACUCCAUCGGUGCAGUCGUUGCGCGGUUCUAUGGGAAAUCUUGCCGGAUGGCGUGGCUCCGUUGCCAAUCUCGCCGAAGAUUCACCAAACAUCAAUCGAUUCAAAAGCCUGAAUCCGAGUUAUCGUUCGUUCAACGCAAAGAAGGUCACGGAAAAACAACAAGAAGUGAUUGAUCGCCUAAGUCGACUACGAGAGAAUCUUCGAUCUAGGGAGAAUUUUGUGGAACGUGGCGUACUGCCAAAGCACCAAGUGACUCCAUCUUCGACCGCUGUGAAAACCUAA